AUGCCUCGUGCCUGGUCUCAAGACGAAUUCUCCGAACUCCCUGAUAUUGUCGAUUUUGGAAGGAUACCCUCUAAUAUUGCGCUUGGUGCCCUAGUGAUGGUCGUGCCGGACACCAACGACCCAUUCGGGGAAUUCGACACUUACAACGAACUUGACUCGUUUGCUGGCAUUGACCUCGACUCCGUACCAGCCCUCGGUCCUGCACAACCUCACUCUCCACCGACACCACCUCCAUCCAUGCCCGAGGUUCCAGCCGAGCAGGCGGUUGCCCCAACGCAGGUCGCCUCGCAGCCGUCAACCCAAUACUCGUUCACGAGUCUAUCCGGCUCGAUCUGGCUAGAGUUGGAUCGACGAGAGAAGAGUUGUGGCGGCUCCCAAACGUACAGCGUCGCCUGCCCAAACGAACCAACCCGAGCCCUCAACGUCAACGCCACCGGUCGUGCCAGGGCAGAGCCGCAUUCCUGCAUACCCUGCGGUCACUCGUACUGUGGUGCUUGCAUUCUUAACUGGAUCGAGCACUUUGUAAGACCAACUCACGCCCGAUUCUCGCAAGGAACCCACCUGCCCGGUUGCGUCGCCACCCUCCUCAAGGGCACCCUCAUCGCUCCCAACUUCUCUUUCCGGAACGUAAUCGAAAGCCACAUCUCCGCCCUUUCAGAUGCAGGCAAGGCGGAGUGGAACCCGGAAACGGGAGCUGAAUACCAACGAUGGUCAGAUCGUAAGACAGAAUGGUCGACGCACAAGGCUGUGCUCACGAGAUUCCGAGGAAUCCGACGUUCACUCACUCUUGACCUGCAACCGUCUCCAUCCCCGCUCAGCUCGCUGAGCCUAGAGGAAGGCUAUUAG